UGAGAAGAUAAUUAAACUCCUGUUGCUGUGGCCCUUUUUCAUUCUCUCUCUCCUCUUUUUUCUCUCUCUUAAAUAACAAAACAAAAUAUCUAAAAAAACCGAGUGGCUUUUCCGAUCCAUCGGCCUCUUUCUCUUUGGUCUCUACAUUGUAAGUCCAAUGUCAAAGACCAAACCCAAUCACCAAAUCCCAACCGCCGGCGCCGGUAUCUUCGGAAUGUGGCAUAAUCACACCAACACCUUAUUCAACAAAUACGAAAUCCGCAAGCUCCUCGGCCGAGGCGCCUUUGCCAAAGUCUACCACGCAAAAUCAAUCUCAACCGGCCAAAGCGUCGCAAUUAAGAUCAUAAACAAAACCAAAAUCGCCGCUAAUACAAGCUCCAACAUCAAAAGAGAAAUCGCCAUCAUGCGCCGCCUCCACCAUCCAAACAUCGUCAGACUCUUCGAAGUCCUCGCCACCAAAUCCAAAAUCUACGUCGUCAUGGAAUAUCUCAAAGGCGGCGAGCUUUUCGCUAGAGUAGCCAAAGGAAGAUUUGAUGAAGAUACAGGACGUAAAUAUUUCCAACAGUUAAUAUCCGCUGUCGGAUUCUGUCACUCCCGUGGUGUUUAUCAUCGCGAUCUGAAACCGGAAAACAUAUUAAUCGAUGAAAAUGGUAAUUUAAAAGUGUCUGAUUUCGGACUUAGUGCCGCCACUGAUCAGAUCCGACAGGAUGGUAUGUUGCACACGAUUUGUGGGUCGCCGUCUUAUGUUGCGCCGGAGAUUCUUGUUAAGAAAGGGUAUGAUGGGGCUAAGGUUGAUAUUUGGUCAUGUGGGAUUAUUCUAUAUGCUCUAAUCGCCGGAUAUCUUCCGUUUAAAGAUCCAAAUCAGAUGGCUUUGUAUAAGAAGAUCUAUAAAGGGGAAUAUCAUUGUCCGAAAUGGAUGUCGUCUGAUCUUAAACAGUUCUUGUCGAGACUUCUCGACACGAAUCCAGCAACUAGGUUUUCAAUUGAUCAGAUUAUACAAGAUCCAUGGUUUAGGAAGGAUUACAAGGAGGUUGCUUUUCCAACCGACGGCGAAUUCACUUUCAAACCGGAUGAAGAAGAUAGGACUGGAUUCUCGCUUAACGCUUUCAACAUCAUAUCGUUCUCGUCUGGUUUGGAUCUUUCGUGUCUCUUCGACGACUGUACUAGCUCGGAAAACGACGGUGAAAGGUUUGUCUCGACGGAAUCGCCGGAGAGAAUUAUUGAGAAAGUGAAGGAUGUGGUUAAUGUGGAAAAGGGUAUUCGAUUGAAGACGAAUAAAAAUUGGAGAAUGGAAAUUGAGGGUAAUAAAUUGAAUUUCUUGAUGGAAUUGGAAAUGUAUCGAUUGACUGAUAAUUUGGUUGUGGUGGAUGUUCGUCGGAGAAUGGGGCAUGUAGAGCUUUUCAAUGAGCUUUGGAGAGAGAAAAUCAAGUUGAAAUUAUCACCGGCCGGCGACGAAAGGAAGAACAUUCAACCGGAGCGAUCGAUAAGCGUGUGAACUGUUUCCAAACGCCGGCGAUUGAAAAAUAAAUUGUUUACAAAUUAUGAAAUGGGAAAUGGGUAAUCUUGCAAUUAAAUUUAGGUUGUUUGUUUCCAUGUUUUUAGAAAAAUAUGUAAUUUUUUAUAGUUUGAAAAUAUUUAGAAAAUAUUAAAUAAAAUAUAUUACUAUUAUCAA